GAUGUUAAAUUAUAAGGGAAAUUUAUGGGUUCAAAAAAAUUAUGUAUUAGGCAAUAAGGUAAAUCAUUUAAGAUAUAAAUUAAUAAGACUUAAUACCCUUUGUUUUUGGGGACAGUUGCUGGGACUCUUUUGCUUUACUUAUAUUGUGAUUUUGUUUUACUCCAAAAAUAUUGCGAGAUCCCAAAUUUAAGUAAAGUAAUUGUAACAUUUCAGAUAUUAUCAAUUUACUCAAUGUUCAGGGUCAAUAUGACAGGUAAACUUAAAAACUUUUAGAUUUUAGAACCUGGAGUUUAAAUGUAGACAAUUUCAGAUGAUAAAUAUUUUGAUGGCAAAUUAUGUGAAAAAUGCAAAGCAAUUAAAAUUGAUCGUUGUUAUCAUUGUAAAUUUUGUGAUCAUUGUGUAAAUGAUUUUGAAGCACAUUGUUUUUUGAUGGCAACAUGUAUAGGGAGAAGAAAUAUAAAAUAUUUGUUAGGACUAGUAACAUUUACAGGGAUAGCGUUAUACUUAUUAUUACUUAUUUUGAUUUAUAAAUGUAGAAGUCAUUCUAAUAAUUAUAUAGUAUUUGUAUCAGAUUGUAAGAAAGAGCUAACCUUUAUUAUUUUAAAUAUUGUGAGCCUAGUAUUAACUUUGGUUCAUUUGAAUCCAUUUAUAUAUACUACAUGGAGAAAUGCAUCAUAGGUAAUUAAUAUUAUAUGUUUAUAGAAUUGGACUAAAAAAGAAAUGAAUAGAACCAAAUUCAAUGGAUCGUUUUCAUAUAUUUAUAAUAAUUAUAAAUAAUUCUUUACUCGAUUUUAUGAUAGUUAAUUAUAUGCAAGUUUUAUGUAAAAUUGA